CCUUGUUACUGGAUUUUACGUCUAUUUACCUGCCAGUUCCAUACAGAGCAAUGGAUAUGAUAAUUUCACCAAGCAGGCCUUAGGAAUAAAGUUUCCACCAAGUGACUGGAUCCCCUUUACAUGUGAGCAUUAUCUCUACUGGUCAUUUAUUCAUGGAGUCCAGCGAUACCAUUGAGAAGUUGGACAAUGAUAAUCCAGAGCCUUUGUGUGUUGCAUGUGGGCAACUGCAUAUAGCAGACGAAAACCAUUCUUACACAUACACAGAGGAGGUGGAUGAUGAAUUAAUUUGCCAUAUUUGUCUACAUGCACUAAUACAGCCAUUGGACACUCCGUGUGGUCACACCUACUGUACGCUCUGUCUCACUAAUUUCUUGCUCCAUGAAAACUUCUGUCCUGUUGACCGCCAUCAUGUUAUGCUGCAAACUUGCAAAAAAUCAUCACUACUUGUUAAGAACCUUCUGGACAAACUUUUAGUAAUUUGUCCUUUCACAGAUAAUUGUAAAGAAGUUCUUCAACGAUGUGACCUUGAGGAACAUCUUCUAAACAGAUGUAAAGGAGCCUCACAUUAUGGCCUUACAAAAGAGCGUAAGAGGCGGUCACAGGACAGCUCCCCAGACUGUAGCUCUUCUUUGGACCUAACUGUUGCCGCAGUGUCUCCUGAACUGUCUUCAGCUGCUGUUGCCUUAGUAAAUGAGGAUUCAGGCCAAGAUAACCUUGCAUUUAGUCCCACCAGAGGAGACAGCCAUUUGAGAAGUGAAUCUGAAGAACACUGCAGAAUUAACAGGAACAGAAAUCGACCUUUUGAACGUUCAACAGUCAGGAGCGUCUCAUUCAAAAAGCUGAACCGAGCUUUCAGUGUACUUCGAAGAACAAAGAGUGCCGUUUCUCAAUCUGCGGACCGAGAAAGAGAGAAUUUACAAAAUGCAAAUAACAUUGAAGACCCAUUAGCACUGCCAAGACAAUAUCACCUUAUUCCAGAUGGAGAAAUCACCUGCAUUAAGAUCACUCGCUCAGAACCAACAGAGAACCUUGGAAUUAGGAUUGUAGGUGGUAGUGAAACCCCUUUGAUCAACAUCAUCAUACAACAUAUUUAUCAAGAUGGGUUAAUUGCACGGGAUGGGAGGUUACUUCCUGGGGAUAUGAUUUUAAAGGUAAAUGGCAUAGAUAUUAGCAGUGUGCCUCAUAACUAUGCACUCACGAUUCUCAGACAGCCUUCUCCUACGCUGAGGCUCACUGUACUCAGGGAACAAAGAUAUAAAUGCCGGAGCAAUGGCAUCUCCACUGAGCCCCACAGUACAAGAGAAGACAGCAUUCAUGUUGUGCUUAGCAAGAGCAGCCAUGACGUGCAGUUGGGAAUAAAGCUAGUCCGUAAACGAGAUGAACCUGGAAUAUACAUAUUUGACUUGCUGGAAGGAGGCGUUGCAGCUCGUGAUGGGUAUUUGCAGGAGAAUGAUCGGGUUUUAGCAAUUAAUGGUCAUGAUGUGCGCAAUGCCACUCCAGAAAUGGCAGCCCAGCUAAUACAGGCCAGCGAGGAGGGGGUGUACUUUAUUGUUGCACGACAAACCAGACAUCAGACCCCUGAUAUCUUGCAGGAGGCUGGGUGGCAUACCAACGGCAGCCCUCUGCCAUGUCCCAAUGAGAGAAAUCAUUUUAACAAGAACGGUAAUCGCACUAUUGUGUGUCUUGAGAAAGUGGUGAUCAUCACAAAAGACGACACCGAAUCUUUGGGAAUGACUGUGGCAGGUGGAGCCUCCAACUGGGAAUGGGACCUGCCUGUCUUUGUUACAAGCGUAGACUCGGAUGGUGUCAUAGGGAGAGAUGGAAGAAUAAAAACAGGUGACAUUUUGCUGAAUGUUAAUGGUGUUGACCUAACAGGAGUAAGUCGCAGCGAGGCUGUGUCCUUAUUAAAAAAUUCUUCUUCCUCUGUGGUUUUGAGAGUACUGGAAACUAGAGAAUAUGAGCCCCUCGAGGACAUCAGCAACAACGCCCUAUUUAUGGACCCUCUCCAAAAUGGCUGCGAGAAUAGAGAAUGGUCACCUGCUUGGGUCAUGUGGCUGAAGCUGCCUCCAUAUUUGUACAGCUGCAGAGAUAUUGAGCUAAGAAGGAAUACAGCUGGAAGUCUGGGAUUCAGCAUUGUUGGCGGUUCAGAGGAUUGCAGGCGAAACAAGGCAUUCUUUAUUAAAUCCAUACUAGAGGGUACUCCAGUAUACUAUGAUGGAAGGAUCAGGUGUGGUGACAUGCUUCUUGCUGUGAAUGGAAGAUGCACAUCUGGAAUGCCAUAUUCCUGUUUAGUAAAAAUGUUGAAAGAAAUAAAAGGAAGAGUGGUCCUUACAAUUGUGUCGUGGCCAGGAUCCUUCUUGUAGGAUGCACCAGAAGACUAAAUAUAUGUAUAACACAUUCCAGAUGAACUUACAAAUGAAUACUGGUAUUAUUUCUUCACUCACCCACAUUGUAUUUCGGUUUUGGAAUUAAGUCAACAAUGCUGUGUUAAAGUUGCAUGCCAGUAUAUUCCAGAAGUCAAACAGUUUUACACCUUCAUUAAGCGAAUUACCCGUUUAGAUGUACUUUAUGUGUUUAUAUGUUGUCUUAUCAAAUCUUAGACAGAGUUAUCUGUACUCCUUCCAUGCGUCAACUAGCGUAAAUUACACUCCACUGUAUGUUUAAAGUUCCAUUAUCUUGAUAGCUUCAAACUCUGCCACUAGUGCAUUGACCAGAAAAAAAUGUUUGUGUAGUGUUGCAUUGUGGUUACAUUAUGGAGGCUAUGACAAAAUGAUGAACGUGAUCUUCUCACUAGUGGAAUCUUUUUUCUUCUGUUAUGUGUGAUCAGUCCACGGGUCAUCAUUACU